UAUUAUUUUCGAAAUCUCUACGAAAUAAAUAUUUUCUAAUCUAAGGGGCGUCCAUUACGGUCCAUCUUUUUAGUAGUGCGUGACACAGUGCGACGUACGUGACAAGUGUCAUGAUUUGCAUAAUAUCAGCUUCAGCGUGUUUGUAUAUCGUAAUUGGAACUGCACAUGCGGUAAAGAUGAUGUCUGUCAUAUUCUUCGCUAUUUUAUCUGCUAUCCUUGGAUUUCUCUUACUAAUUUUCGACUUUGUAUUCGUCCAUGCACCGAAGAAGAAAGAAGGCAUUGAAGUAAUCACAGAUGCGACGACUGGAAAAAGACGAAAGCGAAUAUUCGAAGGCGCGUUUGACYACGGAACUCAUGAUGAUAUCUAUUGCUUUGGGCAAGCCUUAAUCUCGCGAGUAGUAUUUAUUGAAUCCCAGGUUCCACUGGACAAGUCUGUUUUGAUGGAAGGACUCGUAUCUAUGGCUAAAAUCCACCCUCUUUUACGAAUGAAAUGUGAAUGGGAAUGUUCAAAGGGAAAGACGUAUCGCUAUCUGUCUGAAAUGGACAACUUGACCACUAAUGAGUUGUUAUAUUCAGAGAUUGAUAAAGAACGAGAUAAUUGGAAGGACGUACUGGAGAAUGAGCUUUUGAAAGGGCUUGAUCUAUCAAUGGGGCCCUUGUGGCGAGUCACGAGGAUGAAAGAAGUGUUUGAUUCCACUUCCAACACUUAUAAAAACACGGUCUUGUUCACUUUCCAUCAUUCUAUCUGCGAUGGUGUAUCGAUUUUUAACUUCCWCGAUAAACUCCUUGAAGUCAUGGAUAAAUUAUUCUAUGGAGAUCUUCUGGAUAAAAACCUAGAGCCACUGCCUCUAUUAGAACCGCUUUCAGUACUAAUCAAACAUCGUACACAACUCCCUUGGACACAGGACCUUAGACUGAAACUUGAGCACUAUAAACACAGACUGCUAGCUUUGAUCAAGCUGUCUCCCAAAAACCUGUUCCUUGAAAGGUUUCCUCCUCCUAUUAGAACUGAUACCAUGGUCAACUCUAAGACGGUCUUGAUACCAAGCUGUUUGACAAUAGAAGACACAUCAGUAUUUGUGAAAAACUGUAAAGUGCACAAUUCUACUGUGGGGGGUGCCCUAGGAGCAACUCUUGCACUUGCUGUAAGAAACCUACUGCCUACUGGUACUGGAUCUUUAGAUCAGAUUACUAUAGGAUUGCCAAUAAAUAUAAGGAGUGGAUGCAAGCCAGUGGUCAGUAAUCAGGAUUUUGGUUUCUAUGUUGGAGUUAUAUUCAUCCCGUUGUCAAUUCCUGGUGAAAUACCAAGUAUUGAUAAUUACUUCUGGGAGUUAGCAAGGAAGAUGUCAGCAGAAAUAAGAAGAAAGAUCUCAAAAGAUGAGCAGUAUGAUCUGCACAAAAAGGCAAAAUAUGGUGGCUUUUGCACCACUGAUUCUUGGGAAAGUGGGAAGAAUGAUGUAAGUGAUGCUGGCAGAUAUCCUAAUUUUGAGCUGAGUAACAUAGGGAACUAUGACUUGGAUAAACAAAGGGUUUACAAAAUAACAGAGACAUACUCUGGUGUUGCACAAGACAUUUGGGGUCCUGUGAUGUCGGUUGUUGUCAUGACUGUCAGUAGAAAACUAUGUUGGAAUGUGUCAUAUUCUACGAGAGCUGUCUGUGAAGAGGUGGCUAAAAAUUACUCAGAGCAGAUCUUGAAAUUAAUUAAGGACAUUGGGUGCAGUCAAAAGGUAUUCAAUUGAAACCCUUUCUACACAGGCCAUGUAUAUAACCAUUGUGUUAACCAUUAGAAGGAUGUAUCAUUGAUAAUACACCUAUUUUGGAAAAUGUUGUCAGUCGGAGAUCUGAAAUCUGAAACCGAAAUGAAUUGUGGAUUGUAAGCUGGUAAUUGUGUUGUGGUUUUAAUUAGAAGUUCUCAACAAGUUAUGUAAUAAUUUAAUGUAUAAAUAUAUCUACUUUGAGCAAUGA